CUUACAAUAAAUACUGCGAUUGUUUACAUGCACAGGUUUUAUAUGCAUCAUUCCUUCACAAAAUUUAAUCGAAAUAUAAUAUCUCCUACAGCAUUGUUUUUGGCUGCAAAAGUGGAAGAACAGCCACGGAAACUUGAACAUGUUAUUAAAGUAGCACAUGCCUGUCUUCAUCCUCAAGAGCCACAACUGGAUACAAAGAGCGAUGCAUACCUUCAGCAAGCCCAAGAGCUGGUUAUACUUGAAACAAUAAUGCUUCAAACUUUAGGUUUUGAGAUUACCAUUGAACAUCCGCACACAGAUGUUGUGAAAUGUACGCAAUUAGUGAGAGCAAGCAAGGAUUUGGCACAGACAUCCUAUUUCAUGGCUACCAACAGUCUUCACCUUACUACAUUCUGUCUUCAGUACAAGCCUACAGUGAUAGCAUGUGUGUGCAUUCACUUGGCCUGCAAGUGGUCCAACUGGGAGAUUCCAGUAUCCACUGAUGGAAAACACUGGUGGGAAUAUGUAGAUCCUUCAGUUACUCUAGAAUUACUAGAUGAGCUGACUCAUGAGUUUCUGCAGAUACUGGAGAAAACACCUAGCAGGCUCAAGAGAAUUAGAAAUUGGCGGGCUAAUCAGGCUGCUAAGAAACCGAAAGGUGAUGGACAGGUAUCCGAGAACUCACUUCUUGGUUCAUCUUUGGUCCAGAAUUCCAUUUUGGUGGAUACAGUUACUGGUGUAGCUGCAAACACAAGUUUCCAAAAACCAUCAACAUCAUUUCCUGCACCGGUACCUCUGACCUCAGGAAGUAUUUCUGUUCCAGACAGUCAUGCACCUGAAAAUUUGGCAAUACUAGCUACAGGAAUGCCAAGUACCUCAUACAGUUUGGCAUCGCACCAGGAGUGGCCUCAGCAUCAAGAACAAACAAGGACAGAACAAAUGUACUCUCAAAAACAGGAGACGUUACCUGCUAGUCAGUACAAUAUGAGCUUCCAACCAGGUACGUCCGUACAGUUGCACUCUGGAGUACAUCACAGACCUGACAAACUUGCUGAGCAUUCUACUGUCAAACAAGAAUAUUCUCAUAAGUCAGGAAACAAACACCACGGACAAGUUGCUGCUCCUGUAAUCAUUCCUCAGAAAAUGUCUUUGGAUAAAUACAGAGAGAAGCGCAAACUAGAAACCCUUGAACUGGAUGUGAGAGAACACUAUGUCACAGCCCCGGGUGAACAGCAGCAUAAAAAACACGUGCAGCCACAGCCAGCCAGCAGUUCUUCUGUUACGUCUCCCAUCAAAAUGAAAAUUCCUAUUGCAAAUGCAGAGAAGCCUGAAAAACACUUGCCUGACAAGAAAGAAAAGGGCGGCUCGCUCAAACUCCGCAUACCGAUCCCCCCCACAGAAAAGGGCACCAGUAAGGAGGAGCUGAAAAUGAAAAUCAAAGUGUCUUCCUCAGAAAGGCACAGCUCGUCAGACGAGGGUAGCGGCAAAAGUAAACAUUCAAGUCCCCACGUUAGCAGGGAACAUAAGGAAAAACACAAAGAACACUCUUUAAAUCGCCACCACGGCAUUGGCCAUAAGCACUCCCACUCACACAGUGGUGGCAGCAGUAGUGGCGGCAGUAAGCAUAGCGCGGAUGGAUUAACACCAACUGUUUUGAGGAGUCCCGUUGGCCUGAGUAGUGAUGGCAAUUCCUCUAGUUCCGGCUCUUCAAGGAAGAAGUUGCACAGCAACGACGCUUCUCACAACCACCACUCCAAAAUGAGCAAAAGUUCCAAAAGUUCAGGUAGUUCAUCUAGUUCUUCCUCUGUUAAGCAGUAUGUAUCCUCUCACAACUCUGUUUUUAACCUUCCCUUACCCCCUCCUCCCCCUGUCACAUACCAGGUGGGCUACGGACAUCUCAGCACCCUCGUGAAACUGGACAAGAAACCAGUGGAGAACGGUCCUGAUGCCAAUCACCAGUACAGUACAAACAGCCAGCAUAUGGACUACAAAGAUACAUUCGACAUGCUGGAUUCGCUGUUAAGUGCCCAAGGAAUGAACACGUAGUCAAUUCUUAGGUUGUUUUUCUUUCCUUUUUUUAAUUUAAGAAUUGUUAGAAUGGAAAACUUCCUAAUAUAGCAGUAGCAACACCAGCUGUUGCUGCCGUGGGUUCAGUAUAUGUAAGUGCUGCUUUAUCCUUCACUCUGAAAAGAAGAGGUAUAGUAAACAAGUCUUUAUCUCCACAUACAAUAGUGUUAUAAAUACUGUAAUAGCAUGGAAGGUGCAAAAAUCUCAGUAUUUCUACAACUGCAGCUAAGAGCAGUAGAAUGAACGUCCGCUUUUAGGUGUAUAGGAUGCCUCGAGCAUUGAUUAUUUAUAAUUUUGAAUACUGCAGCCACAACUUUUUGUUGCGUAGUUUUUUGAAUGAGUGUAAUUGUUUCCUUGUGUAUUUAUACUGUAUGUAUGAUUUGCAUGUCUCAAAGCUAAAGGGAUUAAAAACAGUAUACUGACAACUGUUUACAAGAAAGUGGAGAAAAAUGUACAUACAUUUUUGUAUGUUUAGAUAUACCAUAAAUACUCAGGAUUGGAGCUGCUUGUAAGUAUAACAAAAUACACAUAACUUUAUUUUACCUUGCCAGAGUCCCAUCAGUUACCCAAACAAAUAUGGCACUUUGUCUCGUUUAUCUCUAAACUGUAGGCCUUAUUGGAAGCCGCUUAUAAGGGACACUUCACUAGAGAAGGUAUCCAGUACCGGGUAGGGUCAUCACCGGACAGUAUUACCGGAGAGGCAGGAAAUCGGGUAGGCCUCUGCUCGUUCCUUAUGGCCAGACCUCGGAAAUGUCCCUAACUUUCUGAAGGAAAAAGGAAUUAAAAUAAAAGUUUACAUAAUCUUUUUGAUGUGAAGUGCAUUUAAAUGUUUAUUGGCUUGAUGCAGUAAAAUAGACACAGAGCUGUUAAUAAUGGUUAUGUAGAUUAAUGUGACUUAACUGCAAUUCAUAACUGUCAUUUUGGGAAAAUCAUCUUUUUUAAAAAAACUUAAUAAUUUAUUUCAAUAGUAAACAGGGCUCACUGUUUUCAUUACCAUUUCAGAAUAAUACCCAUGUUCUGAAAUCCAAAAAGUGUACUUGUGUGUGAUGCCAUAUUUCUUUUACAGGUGAAUGCAGUCUUCACAGUAAAUAAGAAUAAAACUGUUGGUAUCCCAACUUUAUAUUCCAACAAUAAAAUAGUUAUCAUUGAUUCUGUGCAUUGUACUUGUCAUUAGUUACCAAAUUGGAAGAUACUUGUUCUGUUUUUUCAGCUCUGUGGGGUUAAAAAGAAAAAAGUCAGUCUCCCAGUUAAAACCACUAGCACCCGUUUUAUCUGCCUGCGUGUGUCGGUGCGAUGGCUUGUGUGCUCUUCCCAGGGUGCUUUGCUCUUCAGAAGAUAAUGACCGGUGUGAAUGUUCUUGUGUUCUCAAAGCCAAUACUA